CCACGGGCGGCUUCAUCCAGAGACUACAACUCCCGGCAUGCUUCGCACGUUGCUACAUGGCCUGUGGGAGUCGUAGUCCGGACGCGAGUCCCAGCGCCGCGUGCGCCGCUGACGCACAGUAACCGCGAGACCCGGCCGGGCGCCACUCUACGGAGAUGGCGUAAAGCGAGUCGUGCCGGGCAGGCUCUACGGAGGCGGCGUAAGAAGGCCGGGCCGGGCGCUCCGCGGCUGAGGCGUGCUGGUCCGGGCAGCACUGCUGGAGCCGAGUGAGGUCUUACUGCUUUCGUUGAAAUAGGGGAUCAGCCGACGGAGGCGACGCUCAGCCGCGGGCGCUAAGGAGGCGCCGCAGCUCUCAGAGCCAGCCGCCCUGUCUCCAGCGUGGGCACUCUGCUCUCUCCAUGCUCCCGUUCGUGUGUUGCCGGCCAGAGGUGACCAGGCCCAGCUCUCAGCGUGGCCACUGUCAGGGAGGCCAUGGGGAGCUCCGCCUCCUCCCUGGCCACCGAGACAGAGUCAGACCAUGGCUUCCCUAGGGGGCUGCCCUACCCGGGGCCCUCAGCAGCGGCUGGCUGGUGUAGGAGUGGCCCUGGGGCACCUGUCUGGGGGAGUGCCCUGGUCACCAGGCAGCACCCACGCCCCCGGGCCCGCAGCCACACACACUCACCCGGGUCUAUGGCCACGGUGGGGGAGUGGUCCUGUGCACGUUGCACCUUCCUGAACCCAGCCGGCCAGCGCCAGUGUUCCAUCUGCGAGGCCCCCCGGCACAAGCCUGACCUGGACCAGAUCUUGCGGCUCAGCGUGGAAGAGCAGAAAUGGCCCUGUGCUCGCUGCACAUUCCGGAACUUCUUGGGCAAGGAGGCCUGCGAGGUGUGCGGCUUCACCCCGGAGCCUGGCCGUGGGGCCACCUUGUUGCCCAUCAUCAAUGGGGUCCUGCCCAAGCCACCCACUGUCCUUGUGGAGCCAAAGGGCAGCUGCAAGGAAGAGGCUGGCCCAGUACGGACAGUGGGACUGGGGGCUGUGGAGCCAGUCAGGGGGCACCCUGAGGAGGAGGAAGCAGAGGAUCUGGAGGACCCAGAGGAGGGGGCAGAGCCCAGAAGUGGCUGGGCCUGCCAGCGCUGCACCCUGCACAACACACCUGUGGCUAGCUCCUGCUCUGCCUGUGGGGGACCCAGGAAACUGUCACUGCCCAGGAUCCCCCCAGAGGCACUGGUGGUCCCUGAGGUGGUGGCCCCCUCAGGCUUCCAUGCUGUACCCGCCCCGACCCAGCCAGUUCUUCCUGGGGAAGGUGCUGAAGUUGACCCUUCCUCUACCAGCCAAGGUCCAACUUCUGCUAGCCAGGAACCCCCUAGGAUACCGCCCUUCAGCCCCUUCUCAGCCACCCUGCAGAACAAUCCAGUGCCCCGAAGUCGCCGAGAGGUUCCUCCUCAGCUGCAGCCACUUGUGCCUGAGGCUGCUCAGCCCUCACCCUCCACUAGCUCCAAAGGCUGGGCUGGGGCCGGGGCCGGGGCCGGGGCCGGGGCCGGGGCCGGGGCCGGAGCUGGAGCUGGGUCCUCCCGCCUGGCAGAGCUUCUGUCAGGCAAAAGGUUGAGUGUGCUGGAGGAGGAAGUCCCAGAAGACAGGCCUACCCAUAGUGAGGCCUGCAGUCCCACUCCAGGCAGCGAUGUCAUUGACCUGACCGGUGAUACCGUACGCUACACACCUGCCAGCCCCUCCAGCCCUGACUUCACCACCUGGGCCUGUGCCAAGUGCACACUCCGGAACCCAACAGCAGCCCCCAGGUGUACAGCCUGUGGCUGCUCCAAGCUACAUGGUUUCCAGGAGCAUGGUGAGCCCCCCACCCACUGCCCAGACUGUGGUGCCAACAAACCAGGUCCCUGUGGCAGCAGCUGUGGACGGUGCCCCUCAGCCCAUAAGGCCUCCCGCCUCCUAACCGAGCGCCCAGGCCAGUGGGCCUGCCCUGCCUGCACCCUACUCAACACACCCCGGGCCAAACACUGCGCAGCCUGCCAUACUCCCCAGCUGCUGGUGGCGCAGCGCCGGGGAGCCACACCUUUGAGGCGCAGGGAAAGCAUGCAUGUGGAGAAGCGGCGUCAGACGGAUGAGGGCGAGGCCAAGGCCCUCUGGGAGAACAUAGUGGCUUUCUGCCGGGAGAACAGCGUGAACUUUGUAGAUGACAGCUUCCCCCCUGGGCCUGCAUCCGUGGGUUUCCCUAUGGGCGACAGUGUCCAACAGCGUGUGAAGCAGUGGCUAAGGCCCCAUGAGAUCAACUGCUCCGUCUUCAGGGACCACAGCACCCCGUGGUCCGUCUUCCACACCCUCCGGCCCUCGGACAUCCUGCAGGGGCUACUGGGGAACUGCUGGUUCCUGAGUGCACUGGCAGUGCUAGCUGAGCGGCCUGACCUAGUCGAGAGGGUGAUGGUCACACGCACCCUAUGUGUGGAAGGUGCCUACCAGGUGCGACUAUGCAAGGACGGCACUUGGACCACAGUGCUGGUGGAUGACAUGCUGCCUUGUGAUGAAGCUGGCUUUCUCCUCUUCUCCCAGGCAGGGCGCGCCAUCGAAGGCCUGGCCACGCUCACCGGCGCCCCCUGCGAGAGCCUGGCGCUGCAGGUCAGCUCCACUAACCCCCGAGAGGAGCCUGUUGACACUGACCUCAUCUGGGCCAAAAUGCUGAGUUCUAAGGAGGCUGGGUUCCUCAUGGGUGCCUCCUGUGGGGGGGGCAACAUGAAGGUAGAUGAGGCUGCCUACGAGAGCCUGGGCCUACGCCCCCGCCAUGCCUACUCCAUUCUGGAUGUCCGUGACAUUCAGGGUUCCAGGCUCCUGCGACUCCGGAAUCCCUGGGGCCGUUUCUCCUGGAAUGGCAGCUGGUCUGAUGAGUGGCCUCACUGGCCAGGGCACCUGCGGGGUGAGCUGAUGCCACGGGGCAGUAGCGAGGGUGUCUUCUGGAUGGAGUACAGCGAUUUCAUCAGGUACUUCGACUCUGUGGAUAUCUGCAAGGUGCAUUCAGAUUGGCAGGAGGUGCGGGUACAGGGGAGCUUCCCCAGCUCUGCCAGUGGGCCCGUGGGAGUCACAGCACUCACAGUGCUGGAACGUGCUUCGCUGGAGUUUGCCCUCUUCCAGGAGGGCAGCAGGCGCUCAGACACAGUGGACAGCCACCUACUAGACCUGUGCAUCCUGGUGUUCCGGGCCACUUUUGGCAGUGGUGGCCGCCUGAGUCUGGGUCGCCUCUUGGCCCACAGCAAACGUGCUGUGAAGAAGUUUGUGAACUGCGAUGUCAUGCUGGAACCCGGCGAGUAUGCUGUGGUGUGCUGUGCCUUCAACCACUGGAGCCCUGCCCCACCAGGGCCCCCCACCACCCAGGCCUCCAGCCCCUCAACAGGGGUCUCCCGAGGUACCCCCGAGCCUCCAGGCCACGUGCUUGCAGUAUACAGCUCAAGACUGGUCAUGGUGGAGCCAGUGGAGGCACAGCCGACCACACUGGCUGACGCCAUCAUCCUGCUCACUGAGAGCCGGGGUGAACGACAUGAGGGCCGUGAAGGCAUGACGUGCUACUACCUGACACAUGGCUGGGCUGGGCUCAUCGUGGUGGUAGAGAACCGGCACCCCAGGUCCUACCUGCAUGUCCAGUGUGACUGUACUGACAGCUUCAACGUGGUGUCCACACGUGGCAGCCUGCGGACCCAGGACAGUGUACCACCCCUGCACAGGCAGGUCCUGGUGAUCCUGUCCCAGCUGGAGGGCAACGCUGGAUUCUCCAUCACACACCGCCUGGCACACCGCAAGGCAGCCCAGGCCUUCCUCAGUGACUGGACAGCCUCCAGGGGCACCCACAGCCCUCCUCUCACACCUGAGGUCGCCGGCCUACAUGGGCCCCGGCCGCUGUGACCACUGCGCCCUUGGGCGGGGGUUUGUGCAAACUGCCCACCCGUUCCCCACAUGCACUUUAUGAGGGAGACCCCGAUGAAGGACGCUUGAACCAGAAUCUCAGGACCCCCGCCCAGGGAGCCGCCAGCCACAGCUCCCCCUGGGCUCUCCCACGCCCGUCUACCCUUCCCCAUCCCUGAGCACCCUCAGGCCCCUGGCCCAGGCUCCCGGCCACUAAGCAGAAUUACCUCGAACCAAGUGGGUCACAUGCUAACCCCCAAGACCUGCCAGCCCCAGGGACAGCAUCCAGCAACAGUGGAGUCUGAGCCAGGCUGGCCUAUCACCCUAAACAAGGGCCAUCUCCUGCCAGGGAGAGGUAGCCAAGAGCUCUGUUCACAAAACCAAAUCUGGGGGUCAGAGGCUAGGACCCUGUGGUGAGAGCUAGGACUACCCUUGGCUCCAGGGAGGCAGCCUGUCCUCAGUUUGACCAGAGCCUGGCUUCCGCCCCAAAGAGGCAGGCAGGGUUCCUGGAGCCCUGGUGUUUGAGCAGCGCAUCCCAGGAGGUGGGUGCCUGGUAACCACAGGCCGGGGCCCCUCCCAUGAUACUAUGCAAUUCCUGGAGCGCCUGCAAGGAUCGAAGCCAUGACGGGGCAGCAAGUCGGGAGCUGGGCCCAGCCCUGCUGUCUGGUGGGGUGCUUUGCCCUCAACAGCCCUGACUGUGGCCGGCCAGGCCAGGGUCCAAUAGAACCUUGGGCCAGUCCCAUCUAUGGCCUUCACCCAGCCACAGAGAGGGACCCUAGUCCUAUCACAGGCACAAGGCAGGGCACAGCCAAUCCCCCCAAGAAACCCAGGAAACUGAGCCACCCGCCUGCCUGGCAUCCCCUCGCUGCUUGUUGAAGCCAGUCACCUUGUCUGCCACGUGGAUGUCCAAGUCCAGCUUCCUGGGUUCCCCGCCCAGCCACCACUGUCCUGCAGGCAGCCAGUCUGCCCAUAGCCCUCGCAUCUUGUGGGGUCUGUAAGGUUUUUACACCUAGAAACACAUUCCCCUCUCCCCUCUGGGCCCCCUUUUAUUCUGAGCUGUGAAUAUUUUUAACCCUGUAAAUAUGGCCAGCUCUCCCAACAGAGACCAUUUUAUCAGCUGUCAGUCCCUUCCUGGUUUGAGGACUCCAUGGGCGGUUUCCACUCAGGCUCCAAGGACCAAAUAAAAGCGAUUUGUUUUGUAAGGGA